AUGACGGAUAAGCUUCCCCCUCCGUUGCUCGCUCUCUUUCAGCCGCGGCCACCCCUGCGCUAUGUCACUCCCCUUGACCGGGCCCCAGAGGAUGCGAGAAAGAGUACAAUCGGGGGCAUUGGGCAGUUUCUCCCGGAAAUCAAAAAAUAUGAAGAGGAGAUACCUUACAACGCCACUGAUUGUUGGUUGCAGCGUAAAUGGCGCCAGAAAUUGGAAGCAAAAGAAAGAUUAAACAAUCAGUUGACAGAAGGUCUCCGGGAUUAUGACCCUUCCAAUGAUCAACAGGCACGAGGUGAUCCGUUCAAGACACUUUUCAUUGCUCGCCUUAGCUAUGAUGUGAAAGAAUCAGAUCUUGAACGAGAGUUUGGGCGCUUUGGUCCUAUUGAAAGGAUCCGGAUUGUUAAGGACACCAUCACCCCUAAGGGGUCCAAGAAGCCGCACAGGGGCUACGCUUUUAUUGUAUAUGAACGUGAAAAAGAUAUGAAAGCGGCCUACAAAGAGACAGAUGGGAUUCGGAUUAAAGAUCGUCGCGUCCUUGUGGAUGUUGAACGCGGGCGUACUGUUAAGGGUUGGAAGCCUCGUCGGUUUGGUGGCGGUCUCGGAGGUCGUGGCUACACAAAGGCAUUGCCUUCCCGUCCGGUUGGCCCAGGAUUCGGAGCGCCCUCUGGACCGGGCGGUUUUGGUGGCGGAUUCCGCGGUGGCUACGGUGGUAGAGGAUUCAAAGGUGGUUUCCGUGAUCGUGGAUUCGGUGGCGGCCGUGGAGGUAUUGGAUAUCAAGGAGGUCGGAAUGGAUUUGGUGGACAGGCCCCACCAAAUGCACCCUCUGGGCCCGGCGGUGGGCGAAGCGGUGGCUUCGGUGGCAGGCAUGAUCGUGAGCCGAGGGGGGCAACGGGAAGCAACCGUGAGCCCAUAAGGCCAAGAGACGGGUUCGCCGACCGUGAUCGACGAGACCAUGAUCGUGACCGUGAGGGUGACCGUCACAGGGACCGUGAUAGGGACAGUUACCGCCACCGGGAUCGUGAUCGUGAGCGUGAGCGUGACAGGUAUGGAGGCCGGGAGGAUUAUGGACGGAAGCGGUAUCACGAAGAUGAUGCGUACGAUGACCCUCGCGCUAAGAGAAGAUACUGA